AUGGUUGACAUUCGGCAAUUCUUUGGGGGAGACAAGAAGCCAGGCGCUCCUAAGAAGAGACCGGCUCCAAAGAGCGCUUCGCCUGAAGUGGGUGGAUCAAGGGACUCCAAGAGAAGCAAGACAGAGACUGAGGCCAAUUCGGGGUCAAAGAGCAAGUUUUUUGAAAAUAAGGAAACUAAGCUGCUGCCCAAGAAGGCGUCGCCAAAGAAACCCAAGAAAGAGACUCCUUCACCGAAAAAGGCGUCUCCCAGGAAAACAAAGUCCAAGCCAACAUAUGUGAAUCUUGAUUCGGACGGUUCGGACUCGGCAGAUGACUUUAAGCCUGAUGGAGAUGAAGAGGAGGAAGAGGAUGACGAUUUUGACGAUUUUAAGGAGGAGGACGACGAAGAGCAGGAGGAGAAUGACGUGGAUAACGACCUAAGCAUCCAGGAAAUCGAGCCUGAACCAAAACCAGCAAGAAAGAGAAAGAGAUCGGCUUCGCCGCCGCCUAAGAAGGCAUCUAAACCAAAGGCUGCCAAGGUUGAGCCUACAGAAGCACCUUCAGGUAUCAAUGCCGAGGAGAUUCUUUCUCAGAUUGAGGAUGCUGAUUUGCCUGAAAGUGUUGAGACAGGCGGCAAGAUUAACUACUUCCAGUUGAAGAGCAAACAGGCCAGUGUGGCUGCUCCUAGUGGUAAUGUUGAGCUACCACAAGCUGCGCCAAACUGUUUGGGUGGCUUGACCAUUGUGUUUACUGGUGUUUUGCCUAAUCUUGAUAGAGACACCGCUGAGUCUGUGGCUAAACAGUACGGUGCUCGUGUUACGAAAACGAUCCUGAAGAAAACCACUCUUGUGGUCAUUGGCGAGGAAGCUGGCCCUUCGAAGGUGAAGAAGAUUAAAGAACUCGGUAUCAAGGCUAUUAGCGAAGAAGGUUUCAUUGAACUUUUGAAUAAAAUGCCUGCUGAAGGAGGAAGCGGUGCCGACGCUCAAGCUGCUAAGAUCAAGAGAGAAGAGGAAGAGCGUAAACUUGCUGAAGAGGCUGCCGAAGCUGAGAGAAAGGAAAAGGCCGACGAAGAACGCAGAAGAAAGCAAGCUGCUGAGCAGGCUAAAAAGGCUGAUUCUUCGGGUAGAGCUCCACCUUCACCAAAAAGAGAGAUUCCAAACAGCGAGAAGUUGUGGACCGUCAAGUAUGCUCCUACGAAUAUGAGCCAGAUUUGCGGUAACAAGGGCCAGGUCAAGAAGCUUCAUGACUGGUUGGCUAACUGGCACAGAUACGCAAAAAAUGGCUUCAAGUACCCAGCUGAAGGUGGAGGAACGUUUAGAGCUGCUCUCAUUUCUGGUCCUCCAGGUAUUGGUAAAACCACAGCUGCAUCUCUUAUUGCAAAAGAUCUUGGCUACGAUAUUCUCGAGAAGAACGCUUCUGACGUGAGAUCCAAGUCUUUGCUUAACCUGACAAUCAAAAGUGUUCUUUCAAACACUUCUGUUGUUGGAUUUUUCAAGAGCAGAGACGUCGAGGAGCAUAAUGAAAACGAAAAGAAGUUCUGUCUCAUUAUGGACGAAGUUGAUGGUAUGUCCAGUGGUGACCACGGAGGAGCUGGCGCCUUAUCAGCAUUCUGUCGUAUUACAAAGAUGCCUAUGAUCUUGAUUUGUAACGACAAGACCCUUCCGAAGAUGAGAACUUUCGAUAAGAUCGCCUACCAGUUGCCAUUUAGAAGACCAACAGAAACGGAGGUCAAGUCAAGAUUGAUGACCAUUGCAUUAAGAGAAGGUAUUAAGUUGGACCCUAGUGUCAUUGGGCAGUUAGUGCAAGCUACAGGUAACGAUAUCCGUCAAAUGAUCAACAUGUUGUCAACUGUUUCCAAAACGCAAAAGCGUAUCGGUCAUGAAAACUCUAAGCAGAUUGCCGAUAGUUGGAAGAAACACACAGCGCUCAAGCCGUUUGCCAUUACUGCCGAAUUAUUGGGCCACGGUGGACACAACACUCUCAAUGACAAGAUCGAGUUAUACUUCAAUGACAUUGAUUUCACGCCAUUGAUGAUCCAAGAAAACUACCUCCAAGCAGUUCCCCUGGUCUCCUCCGCAAAGGAACAUUUAAGCCGUGUUGCGGAGGCCGCAGAUAGCAUCAGUGAGUCUGACCGCAUCAAUAGUUUAAUUCGGUCGAGUGAGCAGCAAUGGAGUUUGCUUCCAUUCCACGCUGUGAUGUCUACGGUGAAGCCAGCGAACGAAGUCAGAGGUAAGAUGACGCAGCAGGUCAUGUUCACUCAAUGGCUCGGUAAGAACUCGCAGGCCAUGAAGUACCAGCGUCUUCUUCAAGAAUUGCAAUACCACACGCGUUUACGUACGUCGACAAGCAAAGACGAGCUCAGACUCGACUAUGUUCCUGCCUUUGAAGAGCGUCUUUCUAAGCCUUUGGUCAGGCACAGUGAAGAAGGCAUUCCAGAAGUGAUGGAGAUGAUGGACCACUAUUACAUGACCAAAGAAGACUUUGAUGCCGUGUUUGACUUUGGCGUGGGCCCCAAAGCCGGCGAGUCCAUUGGCAAGUUGCCUACCAAGGUCAAAUCUGCCUUUACGAGAAAGUACAAUGCGGCUCAGCAUCCAGUGGCUAUCUAUAAGACUGGUGAUUCUACCAGAGGCCAGCCGCGCAAACAGAAGGUGGACUACGAAGACGUGAUUGAAGAUGAUACUGUAAAGGACGACGAAGAACCCGAAAACACCGAAAGCGACGCCAUCGACUCCAAGAAGGAUAAACUCAUCAAGGCAGUGAAGCCGAAAAAGGGACGUGCCAAAGCCGCCGCAGGCAAGGCCAAAGGCAAGAGCAAAAAAUAG